GCAGUAGGUGGCGGCAGUGCAAGUCGCGAAAAAGAUCUUCAGCAAGCGAGUGAAUUAUUUCAGGAACAGAAUGUCGGCUGCUGUGACGACGGCGCCUCAAGACAGCGCAGGAUUCUGGAAGACGCGCUACACCAUGCUGCUACUUAACACUCUGGGUCUGGCCAUCAGCUACGCGACGCGCGUCAACAUCUCGGUGGCCAUCGUCGACAUGGUCAACGGGACGGCGCUGCGGGAGAGAGAAGCCGCUGAAGGGACCCAGCUGGUCCGCGACCCUGACUCCUGCCCGGGCGAGCUGGUGCUCGAGGGCCCUGGCGGGCGCAAGGAAGGGGAGUUCAUCUGGGACAUGUAUAUGCAAGGAGAGAUCCUCGCAGGCUUCUACUACGGUUAUACGGUAGGGCAUAUCCCAGGCGGCGUGCUUGCUGAUCGCUUCGGUGGCAAAGUCGUCCUGUUGUUCGGCAUUCUCGUCUCAUCUAUUCUGACUGUUCUGACACCACUGUCUGCGUGGGCUGGCUACUACGUACUGUUUACCAACAGAGUCCUCCAGGGACUAGCUCAGGGUGGCAUAAUACCAGCUAUACAGACGACUGUUUGUACUUGGGCACCAGACCACGAAAGGAGCUUAUUUUCUAUUAUUUUUCUAGGGAUAUGUGUUGGAACCCUCGUAUCUAUGGCGGUGACGGGUAUUUUGUGCGAGACCAUCGUUGGCUGGCCGCUUUCCUUUUACUUUUUCGGAGGAAUCGGACUGUUGUGGUGUGUGCCAUGGUUCUUCCAGGCUGCAGAUUCGCCGUCGCAGCACCCGUACAUCGACCCAGCCGAACGUAACUACAUCAAGGCCACAAUUCAGUCAGCUGCUAAGAAGAAGCUGCCUGUACCGUGGAAGAGCAUUAUGUUAACGCCAGCUGUCUGGGCUCUCAUCGCUAUCAUGAUUACUUUCGACUGGAUCUUCUAUCUGCUCAUCACGUCGCUGCCGCAGUACAUAGCCCAAGUCUUGCACUUCGAUAUCCGUAGCAAUGGGAUCAUAUCAGCCAUUCCUCACAUCACUGGCGGUGCUGGAAAUUUGGUAUUUGUGUGGUUCACUGGUUUCCUGCUCCGGAAAGGACGCGUGUCCAAAACCUGCACGUUCCGCAUUAUAAAUGGAUUAGGUACCCUGGUGCCCGCAGCCGCACUGGUCGUGGUGGCGCUGGUGGGCUGCGACAGCACCGUCAUCAUCGUGAUGUUGGCGCUUAGUGGCUUCUUCAUCGCCACAGACUGCACAGGCUCUUACCUCAACAUGCAGGCCAUCGCGCCAAACUACGCGGGCACCAUCGUCGGAAUCGUCAACAUGUUUGCCAAUCUAACGGGCAUCGCCAUCCCUUACAUCGUCGGUGCAUUCACCAACACCAAUCCAACGCGUUCAGCUUGGAAUGCCGUCUUCUACCUGUCGUCUGCGGUAGCCGCCGUGUCGUACUUAAUCUACGCUGUGUUCACUACCGCUGACGAGCAGCCAUGGAACGUGCCACCCUCAGAAAGAGCACAGAAAGCGAACGCCAAUGAAGGCAUCGAGAACACAGCGUUUGAAAAAGGCGUAACACCGAUGGUUGACGGAGUCACGACGCAGCAAGGCACUUGGAAAGCCAACAUACCUUAGAAUCCGUCCCUAGGACAUUGGAACUCUGUGCGUCACUGUGGUCGAUGCAGCUACGCAAGAUCGUCGUUGGCGCAGACAACAUGAACUCUGUGGUCAUCAUUAAGCAGAGAAAAUGGUUACAGCACCGUGCGUACUGAGGAUCUCUUUCUGCCGCGCCACGCCAUCACCGUGACCAAGAGAGCAGCAGUUACUAUCACGACCAGACAUAACCAUUGUAGUCGCCCUCGGCAACGAACUAUCAUCGAGAUUCUGCUAACAAUUUUUUGAACUAAUUGUGUGCAGAAUUAUGAGUCAAGUGUCAGGAAGAACACUAGUUCAUUUCUUAACAAAUUUAAAUUCAAGUUCAUUCUCAAAUAAAUGAUUUAAACAUUCACUAAAUGAAUUGUCGCCCAUGUUUUUAGUUUCUGCCCCUAAUUGCCUCGUUAAUACAUCUUAUUAUUCUUCCUUCAAGUCAUUCCUGACUGAAAGUAAUACUAUUCAUGAUUGUUUACAAUGCAAAGAGACAAUGUAUAGGUAAGUAAAAGCUGCACUAAUUAUCAACUAUGGUUAAAAUACUGUCCACUAUUUGCGCAUGCUAAUGACUGAAUUUGAAAUCAUCCAGUUAGCAAGAAGACCGUUACUUGUGGUAAACUGAGUUGCUACCUCAGUUAUAUUAAAUAGCUGCAUUUAACUCUUAUUGCGCCCUGCUGUGUAUCAUAGAAUAACAGUUAUGGGAAUCGUGAAUUGACAUUUUUUUACAUUGAAUAUUGCUAUUUGCUAAUCCGUCAUCAUGAAUCAUCCCUGAAUCUAAAUAGUGAGAUAAUUACUCAUAUAGUUACUGAAAAGAAUUCCCAAUAAAGAAUGUUAUUAAUUUACUUAUUUAAUAUAUGUAUAGACACCGAAUAUUUUGCUCUGUAUGUGACAGGAUGUUGUUGAUUAUACCAAAUACUCUCUGGCAAUGUGAUACUUGAAUACUCUUCGACAGCCUACUGAAUACAUUGUGAUCUGGUGUUUCAGUCCAUCUUGUACUAUCUCGAGCCAUCGUUUCUGUUACAACGGAUCAUAUCUGAGCAGAGUGCUGAUAAAUGCAGUAAAGGGUGUAUUACUUGCCUCUCAUCUGUCGAGUCCGUGUUUUGAUAGUCUGGCCAUUCGUGUAGGUUUGUAUAAAACUCGCAUUUGCUUGCUCAUAAAAUGUAUGCCUUAUUACGGUGUUUAAAGGGAACAUUAAUUGGGCAGCUCACUACUAUUAUGUAUGUGAUACAUGCAGUGCAAAUGUAAAUGCAAAUGUCAAGUGUAAACGUGUUUCACUAUCACUACACUGCCAUCAAGGAUACAAUGAGCACAGGAGUGGAUUGACUUCAGUCGAUAAUGUAAUUAAAUGAAUUUUAAUUAUUGAUUACCUAUUCAG